GCGGCACAACCGUCGCAGGUCGCUCCGUCACUUGGUGAAUGUUUACUCUGGUCUGUCACUGCUUUUGUGUCGAACAUGCAUCUUAGUGGUCUCCUAAUGGAAUAUCUAGACCUGAAGACCUCGCUGGUUUUUCUCGUCAUAUUCCUUCUACUCGUCGACUAUCUGCAGAAUCGAAAACCUUCCAAUUACCCUCCUGGACCAUUGCCACUGCCUUUCUUCGGGAACCUCUUCAACAUCGAUGCCAAACAACCACAUAUCUACCUGACCAAGUUGGCAGAUGUUUAUGGAAGUGUCUUCUCACUGCGUCUCGGUCGAACACAAACAGUGUUUGUCAAUGGCUACAAACUGGUGAAAGAGACUUUGGUGGGGCAGGCUGACAACUUCGCUGACCGCCCUUUCAGCUCUGUGGCUGACAGAAUCUUCCCAGGGAAUGGAGGGUUGUUCCAAAGUAACGGGUCGAAGUGGAGGAAGCAUCGGCGCUUCAUGCUGACCACCCUGAAGAACUUGGGCAUGGGCAAGAGCAGUCUGGAGGACGCCAUCGGACAGGAGUGCAACUGCCUUCAGAGGGAGAUGGAGACCCAGAAAGGUCAGGCGUUUGACCCCAGAGCGCUUUUGACGAGUGCUGUGUCGAACAUCAUCUGUCAGCUGGCGUUUGGGCGGCGAUACGACUACGCUGAUGACACAUUCCAGAAGAUGCCGGUGCUGAUGAAUGAUGCCAUUCAGCUGGAGGGAUCAGUGUGGGGACAGAUGUAUGAAGCCUUCCCCUCCAUCAUGAAGCACCUGCCUGGUCGUCAUAACGACAUCUUCAGCAACUACGGGCGCAUCUGUGACUUCAUCAAGGAGGACUUGGACCGACACAAGCAGAACCACGACCCCUCCGACCCGCGAGACUACAUGGACACCUACCUGACAGAGAUGAACAAGGGAUCAGGGGACUCUGCUGAUGGCUUUGAUGAGGUCAGCCUGGUUCUGAACUGUGUGGACCUGUUUGCUGCCGGGACUGAGACCACGUCCACCACCCUGCAGUGGGCUCUGAUCGCCCUCAUGAAGUACCCCCACGUACAGGAGAAGGUGCAGGCUGAAAUAGACAGUGUGGUGGGACAAUCCCGUCAGCCCAGCAUGGCUGAUAGAGCCAGCAUGCCUUACACGGACGCCGUCAUCCAUGAGGUGCAGAGGAUGGGAAACAUCGUACCCCUGAACGGCCUACAUAUGGCAGAGAGAGACACCACACUAGGAGGGUACUUCAUCCCCAAGGGUACAGCUGUGAUGCCCAUGCUGACCUCUGUGCUGUUCGACGAGACGGAGUGGGAGACGCCACACGAGUUCAACCCAGGACACUUCCUAGACGCAGAGGGCAAGUUCAGGAGACGAGACGCAUUCAUGCCUUUCUCUGCAGGUAAGCGUGUGUGCCUGGGGGAGCAGCUGGCUCGUAUGGAACUCUUCCUUUUCUUCGUGGCUCUGCUGCAGAAGUUCAGCUUCUCCACCGAGGAGGGGGUGGAGCUCAGCCUGGAGGGGUGUGUGGGCUUAACACACACCCCACACCCCUUCAAGAUCUACGCACACCUUCGUUGAUCACACACCCCAACACACACCAGUGUAAGCAGUUAUGCUUAGUCAAGUCAAGUCAAGUCAAGUCAAGUCAGCUUUUUUUAGGGCCUCCAAAACAUUAGCAGUGGCCAUGGUAGCAACCAACCCCUUCAAGAUCUAAUCACAUCUCCACUGACGGGGCCUAGCUAAUGCAGUGUAUGGCCUCUUGAACUACAGCAAAUUACAUUUUCUUAGAUUUUAUAUUUUGGGGUCAUGCCUGUUUUGUUUUUUUUUGCAAGUGGACUUUACGGGUUGUUUUAUUUGACUGUCUCAGCACUUCAGUAGUUUCUCCCUAUGAUGGUGGUAGUGAUCUGUCUUUUCACUUUUAGUGUC